UCCUGCAGGUCCCCUACAAGAUUAAACAAUCAGGGCUAUGGCAAAUACAAACUGUGGUAUUGUUUUUACCAUGGGAACAACAAGGGUGCUCGGUCUUAAUGAGAAAGGAUUAGCAGCAGCAAAGUGGCCUUCGUGCUAUAAAAAAGCAUUAGCCAAAAGCCAGAGAAUCUCACUUGCCUGAUCAUCUGGGCAGCAGACACGUUAGCUGUUUUGUGCAACUCUUGCUUUGGGAUAAUGGACAGGCUGCAGCAUAUGUGCCCAGGACGGAUCAGCACACUCUUUAUUUUCCUGUGGGCUUUUUCUAGUGACUCACAAGCAUUGUAUGUGGACUUCAUGGGCAGUUCUUCUAGGUGUAUGCGGAUCCCGAGGAACAUGGCCCUGUGCCAUGACAUUGGAUAUUCAGAGAUGAGGAUCCCAAACUUGCUGGAACAUGAGACCAUGGCUGAAGUCAUCCAGCAGUCAUCUAGCUGGCUACCCCUGCUUGCAAGAGAGUGCCAUCCCCAUGCAAGGAUUUUCCUCUGCUCUCUUUUUGCACCAGUUUGCUUAGAUCGGUUUAUCUACCCGUGCCGCAGUCUCUGUGAGGCAGUGAGGAACAGCUGUGCGCCCAUUAUGGCGUGUUACGGUUAUCCCUGGCCAGAGAUACUAAAAUGCGAUAAAUUUCCAGCUGACCACGGCAUGUGCAUCUCGCCAUUCACGGAUGGCGCAAGUUCGAUCAGCAAAACAGUGCCCCGAGCCAGUUGCAGAGACUGUGAACUGGAAGAGGCCAGCACCAUCAAGGAAAUCCUGGAUACGUUCUGUGCUAAUGACUUUAUUGCCAAGGUGCGCAUCACCAAGAAAAACAUGACAUCCUCAACUCUCUCUGACUUUGAUCUGGAUUCCAAGAUAGAGAUAAUAAAACACAGCAAUUUGGCCAAAUCAGACAUAUUCCCAAGGCUUCAGCAGUGGCUUGAUCUGGAUGCCACUUGCGUGCAGAAUAUAAUGCGCGGAACACUCACAGGUUCCUACGUAAUUAGCGGAAAAGUGCAAGAUGACAAGUUAGUUGUCAAUAACGCUUAUGCUUGGCAGAAGAAGAACAGAAAUCUACAUUUUGCUGUGAAAAAGUGGAAAAAUGAGAAAUGCAGGUUAUAAAACGUCAUCGCAUUUGCCCCAGUUUACUGAUAUGAGGGAUAUACUGUGAUUUUUUGUAUAUAUGUAUGUACAUAUCAAAUACCUGUAAACGUUUUCAUACCAAGAAAAGUGGUUCAGUUUUAAACCUCCGUUCCAUUAGAAUGGCAAUGUAUUGCUUGCCCUUCUGACAGUGCAGUGGUUAAUAGUAAGUUAAACAAAAGGCUCACAGCUCUUGCACACUUGUGCAAAUAUGUGUUGAGUCAAAGAAAAUAUUAAUGUUCCCAUUAUGCUGUGACUACAGAACUUCUCUGCCAUUAUUAACACCUUCAUUUCCAGAGGGGGCUGCACCAAAUUCCAAUCCCUUGCAGUGUAGCUUAUCCCUGGCAGUUAUUGGGGUUUAUUUAUCAUUUUUAUCAACCACAAACUCUCACUACUAGGUUAUGAAAUAUUUCAAAUCACAAUAGUUUAACGUAAAAACAAAGAAUAGCUUUUAUAACGGGCUUUCAAAAUGAAAGAUACUAAAUGUUUGUUAUAUGCAAGUAACUAUUUAAAUCAGCAGAAAAUUAUUGUAUAUUUAUUGUAAAUCAUUCUGAUGUAAGGGCUGUGUAAUUGGGAAAACACAGAAUAAUGUGUCAAAAUCAUUUGUAGAUAAUAUUUCCUGAAAAAAAGAAUUCUAAGCAGAUAUUUUAAAGCUGAAUUGAUUCCCAUAUGUUUAAAACCCUGGUUGAGAGCAUUUAAUAAAGUGUUGAAGGAUU